AUGCGACUGGUGGCCGGCUUGACUGUGCUGUUCUUAUCAGGGCGCUCCGUCGUAGUGGGGACAAAGGACCAGCUGAAAUCCCAACCUCCAUUUCUAUCUCAAAUCCAGUCUCCGAAAACUCGCUAUUGUGGUACGCCGUUGGAAGAGCUGCAGUACUUCGACUUAUCCGCCCCCGACAACGGCACGCUGUUCAUCCUUCUGUUCAUCCUUCUGUCCAUGUUUAUCGCGUUUGGGUACGUCAUGGCUGCGAGUGCGUCGGACACGAUGGUGGUCGAGUAUGCCCAGGCUGGGCAUACGCAACAGGUUCUUGCUGGGCAGCCCAGCAAGAACCUGUUGCCAUCCGCGGCCGCAUCCAGAAUCCAGACCACUAUCUACGUCGUGCGCUCUCUCGCUGGCAUCCUCGCGUAA